AUGUCGUUUUUAAGAGACCUUAUCGAGUCGACUUUCCCGGUCGCUUUUGCUGACGAGCCCAAUAAGUCUACCGAGUCUGCGGCUGUAGCCCAGCCAGCGCAGGCCCACGAGGAGAGUACCGAGGCUGAGGCCUCGAGCGAGGAGCAGUCCGAGCAAACCGAGGAGCAACCCGAGGAAGAGGAAGAGAAGGCCGAGGAGGAAGAAGAAGAAGAAGAAGAAGAAGAAGACGAGGAUGAUGAAGAUGAAGAUGAAGAUGAACUCAAGGAUCCUCUUGACGAGAUGCGCGAGGAAUGUGAGAAGUCCGAGGCUUGCCACGGUUACGCGCACCAUUUCCAAGAGUGUGUCGAGAGAGUGCAAAAGGAGAUGGAAGAGGAGGACUACGCUCAGAAGGCAUACAAGGAAGACUGUGUGGAGGAGUUCUUCCACUUGCAGCAUUGUAUCAACGACUGUGUUGCACCAAAGUUGUUCUACAAAUUAAAAUAA